AUGCCCAAGCGCAAGUCGGCGGAAGCCGGCGCCGCAGCGACCCCGUCCCUCUCAUCCUUGGACGCCGCUCUCGACCUUCUCGCGUGUGAGAUGUUUGGUCGCCUCGAGUCCCUCACAUCCAAGUUCGAGGCUGCGGCUGGCGUCAAGCUCAACGAGGGUGUUGUGAUGCGUAGGUGGGAAGAAGCUUCCAAGCGAUACUUGGUCAUGAAGAGCAUGGACGAGCUCACGUGCGGUGGCAAGGGUCUCACGGACGGAAGCAUGGUCUUGGAUGGUGAUGGUGGCGACCCAGCGGCCAAUGAUUCCGGAUCAUACGCGCGCCCUCUACCCAAGUCGCAUCAUCCUGGAGCAGUGAGGGCAUUCGAGCUCGACGCCGAUGAGGAACUCCAGUGGCGUCGCUGGUCUCCUCGCGUCAACGAUAUGGUCCUAGUGGAGCUGCAGGGCGGCGCGGUGUGGCCAGCCAAGAUUAUUGAGAAGAAGACGUUCUUCCAAGGUCGCAGUUCAAUACCAAGGGGCAAUAACUUCUAUCCCAUCCGGGUCUACGCUGAGGACAUCGAACCGACCAUGACUGUCAAGUCGCGCCUGAUACCGUUGGAACUCCGAUCGUCUCCGCCUCUCUUGGCCACAACUGGGCUUAUCACUGCAUACAACCACGCCCUCAACCCAACCACCUUCGAUAUCUUGGCGGGCAAUCGUGAACAAGCUGCGGCGUACGCUCGCACCCACCCCGGCGCUGGCGACGAGGAUACGAUGUCCAAGAUCUCAGCCGAGAAGGAGAGCUGGAAGAAGUUUGUCAACUGGCUCAUGGACGAACGUCGUGUUGAGAAGCUCCGAAAUCUCAGCGAGGAGCGUGACAAGCGCCUUCGGGAGGUGACAUCCUCCUCCUACAAGGACUGCGACACCAGCGGAUGUGACGAGAUCGAUAAUGUCCGCGCGCCUAGAAGGCGUCGAGUUUCUGCUUCCCUGCCGCCGUUUGACUACUCGAGCACAAAGACUGUGCGCAAAGUCGAGAGCGAAUCGAAUGAACGUGGCGGGAUCUUCCGGAUCGCUCCGCUUAAUGGUUCUCCGUCGUCGGGUCAAGGGUCGUCGUCCAGUAGCUCGAGGAGCCUCACGCCCAUGUCAGCGUACAUUCGCCCAGCCUUGUCCGUCCCGCUCCGGCCCAACUCACCUCGCCGAACAGACCGCCGUCGUAAUGGCGUGUUUGCAGGGGUGAGCGAAUUCAGCCCCCGUCGCGGUUCAACAUACACCCCUCCGCGCGUUCUUCCCUCCGGCGAUGAGACAGCACCGUUCUCGCCAAGUCCCGCACCUUCGCUCAAAAGCUUCGACUUCUGUAGUCCGCUCAGCAGCAAGCACAAGUCCAACGACGACGACGUGGUCAUGGUGUCCAAGAACGGAAGCGUGUGCUUCGAGGAACCCGUCCAGAAGAAGGCCCCCACGGCUCCGGUCCGCCUGGGAUCUUCGUCAACAUCACGACCUCCACCAUCAGCACCGACUACAUCCAGACCUGUUGGCCCGCCAACACUUCCCUUGACCAAGUUCUCCCCCCAGCCUAUCGCAGAUCGCCAGAAAGCUCUUCGCACUCUCUACACCCAGUUCGAGAAGUUGUACUCCCAUGUCCUGUCUCACCAUCCCUCCCUUGCUCAAGAAUCUGCAAUCGACCAAGAAAGUGAAGUCUCGACUACCACUCGCAACGUCAAGGCGUACAAGAUGGCCAUUCACCAAGCCGCGGUGUCUAUCUCACGCCGAUCUCCCCCAGAUUCAGUUCCGCAUGCCUCGAUUGGCACAGUCAAGCAGUGUCGCGAAGCCGCAGAGGCCGCAGAAGCCGCCAGGGCUAGCAAGCUGACCAUUGACCGAGUCAGCGGUUUCUGCCACGACACUUCAACUCUCAUUCAAUGGGGCUACCCAGACUACGACAAUGUGGAGCUGUCAUCUCCUCCAGUCGUCCUGUCAGAGAUCACAGAGCGACAAGCGUGCGAUCGGUGUAAGAAGGACUUCGACCCAAACGUCACGUACGAACUGGGCGUUUGCGUAUACCAUUAUGGCCGACCUCGGCCCGAGAGGAAGGACGGGAGACGGGUCUGGCUCUACACGUGCUGCGGAAAGGAGCGCGGAGGCCCGGGGUGUGAGGACGGCAUCCACGUCUUCUCGUUCCGUGAAGAUGACUCGAAGCUCGCAGCCCUUGAGCCUUACCAAACGACGCAGCAAAUACAUGAGCGGCAUGCCAUUCCAGCCAAACGCGCCAUGGAGAUUGUCGGAAUGGACUGUGAGAUGAUCUACACAGCUAGCGGCUCCUCGCUCGCUCGUGUCACAAUCGUCGAUGAAAACGGAGGGACCAUCCUUGACGAACUUGUUCGUCAACGUCACCGUAUACUCGAUUGCAACACCCGCUUCUCCGGCGUUGUCGAACAGGACCUCGAGUCUGCUACCAUGGACCUCAACGCUGUUCGGAAGGCAGUCUGCUCGUUCAUUGGUCCUAAGACGAUUGUUGUUGGCCAUGGGCUUGAAAACGACCUUCGUGCCCUCCGCCUUCUUCACGAUCGCGUUAUUGACACAGCCAUUCUCUUUCCUCACCCCAAUGGUCCUCCGUAUCGGCGAGCCCUGCGCGACCUAGUCAAGGACCAUCUCGGCUACUUCAUCCAGGAUAAUUCUGUGGCUGGGCAUAGCUCGGCCGAGGAUGCUCGCGCUACGAUCGAGGUGUUGAAGGCGAAGGUUCGUGGUAAUGCAUAA